GGCUCGAGUAAACGUUGCCAAGAGAAUGCACGCCACUGGACGGGCGGAAGUCUACAAGGGCAGAAACCAGCACGGUUUCCAUGAUAAAUUCUACAGGUACUACCUGUUCGUGCGAGCCAACACGAACGGCACGUACGACGUCUUCCUGGCCUACGUCUGUCGCAAAGAAGAAUUCGACUUUUUCAUGGCUGUCAAAAGGUGCAUCGCGGGGACCCUGAACGUGGCGAAAAGCUUGCCUGACAUCAUCUGGAAGAAGUUGGCAGGGGACUCAAAGGUCGCCCAGGCCAUCACAGAAGGGGUCAUCGGUGAUGGUUCUCAGGCGGUUAGAGCUCCGAAGUAUGGCGGCAUCCCGAACGACCUCGGCGACAAGCUGAUGGAGUUUGAGUUCGUGGAGAGUCUGAUCGAGCGAGGGACUCUGGUUCCCGAGAACGAGGAGGGCACCCAGUUCAAACUCGUCAUCUGUUAGGUCCUCGUUAUCUGUUAAGUCAUGAGAUUCGGUCACAUAGGUCGCGCGAUCGUCAUACCAUCACUAACUUGGGGCAUUCCAGAGGACAAUCGUGUAACGUUAAGUCUCUUGCGAAGUUCAACUGUCUUUGUACACAAAAUGCUGUUUUAGAUCCAUGUCGGUUGUUGGUUCUGUCACGAAAAACUGUCGACCCUAGCCUUUUUAGGGUGGUGUGAGUGCGGGGGAGGGGGGUUGGACCGGUUUGCAAUGGCAAGGGACAUCAAUUUCCGAUCUGAUAUCUUGGAUUGGUGAAAUUCAAAGCAGACUUCCUGUAUUUUGCGCUCUGUUUAUAAUAACUGAUUAAAGCAACUGUGUAGUUAACAUUGUACUUGUCUGUUCAGUUUAUGAAUAUGCUUGUCCUUCCACAAUGUAUGCCUGCCAACACCAAUUACAACACGGUUUUAAAAUA